AUGAAGCUUCCCCCUCUUCCAACCUUACUUUGCCUCAUGGUGGCCCUGGCUGUCGGGAACGUGGUCCAGUUCGGGGUGAUGACUGAGAGAAUGAAGGGGCAGCCUGUGCUGCAGUACAUUGACUAUGGCUGCCACUGUGGUUUCGGCGGCUCCCACGGGCCAGUGGACCAGACAGACUGGUGCUGCCACGCCCAUGACUGCUGCUAUGGGAGUCUGGAGAAGCUGGGCUGUGAACCCAUGUUGGAAACGUAUCUUUUCUCUGCCAGCAGGCACGGCAUCUUCUGUGCCGGCAGAACCACCUGCCAACAACAGACCUGCGAGUGUGACAAGAGGGCUGCUCUCUGCUUUCGCGACAACCUGGGCACCUACGACCGCAAAUACGCCCGUUACCCCAACAAGCUGUGCACCGGACCUACCCCGCCCUGCUAA